UCUCUGUCUGUUCAUCGCCAGGACGCACAGACCUCGGAGAAAUCUUCACCAUGCAAACAAGAACGUUGAUUCUGGCUCUCGCCCUGACCCUGGGGUUCAGUCUGAUGGCUACUGGAGAACCGCUCCACGCUCAGUGCAGAAUCAUAUGGCUCUUCGGGAUCCCAUGCCAGGACGUUUUUAUGAGUCUGGUGAACCAGAUCAAGGAGUGGAGGGGCAUGUCUGGCUGUAUGACUGUUGGACAGAGAUGCCUGUAUGAACUGGUUUCCGCCACUCCUUUCCACAUCGUAGCCAAACACACCUCCAGACAGUGGACCAGCAAGCAGGACCUGACCUUUCACCUAGUGGCAACUGAAGAGUCUGUCUGUAGAGUGACGGCAUAUGCCAUCUCAAAAGCGUGGGCCAGGCUGGACGACAACGGCACGACCUAUUGCACCCUCUACAACCUCGUGGAGGGCAGCGGGCUGGUGGAUGCUGAGGGCUAUAAGAUGUACACCAACGAAUGGAUCUGUCUGGAGUACUCGACCGCCAACUGCACCAUCUACUGAUGAGAUCUGUCGGUCUUUGAGAUGAUUUAAUACACUGACGAAGACCACGGAACAAUUAUGAAUUGCUCUUUAUACUCCAAGUGAAGUAUUUCAGCUUUUAGUAUUUCUGCGAUCUCUCUCUUAUACAGUUCUAUAGUUAUGUAUUGUGACUAAUGCUUGACAGGAUCAGCAAAAUGUAUUAUUGCUUUUAAGGCAAAUAAUUGUGCCAUCAUUGUGCCUGAUGAUACCUGACGGCCGAAGCGUUGCGUUUUCAAUAAAAGUUGGGGGUUUUUUUUAGUUGUUUAUUCAGUGUGCCAACAUCACGCUUCUUUUUUCUAUUAUACUUUUGUUGUCUUGCACCUGAGCCCAAUUAGGGUGUUGGGGAUGUGUAGACAAAACGGCAAAUUAACAAUAAAAAGAGUUGUUGAAUUUCA